CGAGCGGCGGAGACGAGGCCUUGCAGCCCACGCUGGCCAUGGCGAUGGCGAAGGAGGAGAAGAAGAGUGGUGGGAGUUUUGAAGAAGAAGAAGAAGACGAAGAAGGUGUUGUUGUUGGUUGUUGCUUCGCAACGAUUCACUUGGCCGUGGGAUCGAACCCCAUUUCUGCGACGACAUGGAGUUCAGCUACUCAAGAGAGUAGGCCGAUGGCAGAAAGGGGGGUUGGCUGGGGAAGCUGAAGUCACGACUGGGUUUGCUGGUAGGAUUCAGUCUGCACUCGUGCCGUGGUGAAGAUGGGUGCCUUGGAGGUUUUAGAUUAUAACUUCACAAUGGGGAAGAGAGACAGGGACUAUGAAGUGAAAGAAGCUGCAAGAAUGGGAAUAGAGAGCGCCCGGAAGCUGCUUCAGUCCCUGGCGCAGGCGCAACCCGCCGUUGUAGACAAGGAAUGCGACGCCAUUGCCGAAGCUGCCAUAUCUAAAUUCCAGAAGGUGGUUUCCUUGCUGAGCCGCACGGGACACGCAAGGUUUCGCAGGAGAACGCGUGACGCUACGGUCGCGGGAUACGCAGGUGUAUUUUUAGAAAACUCGAACUUUUUCACAGAUAACGCGCAGGCCCAGGAGAUAAAAGAGAGAUUCGUCUCCUCUGGCCAUGGUAGCCCAUCCCCGUUCACCCCAAUAGCCCCAUCGAAACCUCCGCAAUUCCCUGAACUGCAGCGUAUCCUUUAUCAGGUGUUUCCUCCAAGCUCUCCUGCUUCCACUGCAGAAGCCUCCGUCCCUAGCGGUUCAACACACAGCGUCCUCCAUCCCACGGCGAAAGUCCACCACCUUCUGCACAGCGCCCAACAAGGGCAGCAAACACAACAAGGCCUUCCAGAGCAUAUAUUGCGUCCACUAGCUGCUGCGUAUCGACCAGUGCUUCCUCCAAAUCCUUUCAACAAGCUCGAUGUGAGCUACAAGGGCCCAAGCCCUGGCAACAGUUCGUUAAGCUCAGGGCCUCUUGAAUCAGCCACAACUGUGUCCUUCUCCAACAUCAGCGUUGACAGGAAGAGCCAACAGACUGGCAAAUCAUCAGAUCAUCCGUCGCUAUUACCUCCUCGGCCCCAGGCGUCGAACUCCCGGAAAAAGUGCUCCGGCAAAUCGGACGAGAACGGCGCCACUUGCGCAAUCCUUGGCCGUUGUCACUGUUCCAAACGCAGGAAAUUGCGGUUGAAGAGGACAAUUCAGGUGAGAGCCAUCAGCAGCAAGUUAGCCGACAUACCGCCGGAUGAUUACUCGUGGCGCAAAUACGGCCAGAAGCCUAUCAAAGGAUCACCGCACCCAAGAGGAUACUACAAGUGCAGCAGCAUUCGCGGAUGCCCAGCCAGGAAACACGUUGAGCGAUCCAUGGAAGAUCCCACCAUGUUGAUUGUCACCUACGAAGGCGAACACAACCACCCACAAUCAUCGUCUGCGAAUGGAGGCCUUUCAGUGCAGUCACAAUAGAGAUAAGCUUGCCAUGUUGCUCACAGGGCAACACACACACACAUACACACACACACACAGUCACAAACACUCUUUUCAUACUCACAUAGGACCUGUGGAAGUAUCAUUGCAAGUUUGUACCCAUUUUGUACUCCAUUUUUUCAUUUCCAAUUUUUCACUGUUCUUUCUGUAAAGAUAAUCAUCUAGGGUACGUUGUUCGCUGUCCGAUGAGGCUUGCUCGUGUGCAAAUGUGUAGUGUUAGUACUCGUUUUAGUUGUUUUUUCAGUUCUUUCUGUUUUUUUGAAUGUUUUUGUUAAUCUUGUCUCUAAUUGGGCUAUUAUCAUUCUGCUGCAGUGCAUCCAACACUGUUUGCAAAUUUCUAUGGCUGUCAAACAGUAGCUCGCAAUUCCUUGGGCUUAAUUCCCAUAGCGUUCAGGAAUGUGCACGAAAACACCUAUCGUAGAAGGAUAGAUUUCAUGUGAACAUCAAGCAGUAUGAGGCGAUUAAAGGAUUUAACUUAGAGCUUUUGUUUGUUAAGAUCUUAUUCAUUUAAUCUAUCAACCAGAGUGUUAGUACAGAUUAUGAGGGAUGUCUUAGAGGUGGAUGAGUAAUGAUUGUAACUCAUGGACAAUACCUCCAAAGUAGACAAUUAAUUGGAGUUUAUAAUAUUUAUUGUCGUGCUCAGCA